AGCGAUAGCAAUGCCACUCACUGUGAGCAGAAUAAAAGUAACCCGGCUUAUAUCAAGCAGAAGGAAGUUCAAGAAAAAGCGUCUGUUUUUAGUAUGCAGUUGGACUUAACCGGGGCAGUUCCCAGCCUUAUAGUUGCCUUUGUCAUUGUAGCUAACGGGGAUCGCCAGGGACGCAAAAGGUCUUUAGUUUUACCAUCAAUGGGAGCUUUGAUUGCUGGUAUCUGCCUCACCAUAAUAUCAUAUUUUUCCUUGUCACUCUCUGUCCUGUUUGCGGUUGCAUUUAUUACUGGACUGUUUGGGAGUAUGGCAACUUUCCUUGGAGGAGGCUUUGCUUUUAUAGCAGAUGUGUGUCACGAUGAGAAGCAGAAGACAACGCGAAUAGCUGCGGUGGAUUUGAUUUUUGGAGUUGUAUCUGGAGUGGCAGGACUAUUAUCUGGCUACUUUCUAAGAGGAAUAGGCUUUACAUGGACAUUUGUGACAGCAUCUCUGCUUCAUCUCAUUAAUAUUAUCUAUAUUACAUUUUUUCUGGAAGAUCCAGUAGGCAUAUCUGAAUUCCAGCACCAGGCACCAGCGUCUUAUAAAGAACUGCUGAGAGAGACAUUUUGUGGCGUGUACAUGCUUUUUAAAACUGCCCCUUACAAAAAGAGAAUUUUAAUCAUUGUGUUACUUUUUACAUUUAUGACUUAUCUGUUUACUACGCUUGGUGGGAGUUCACUUUUUACACUGUAUGAACUGGAUGAGCCACUCUGCUGGAAUGAAGUAUACAUUGGAUAUGGAGCAGCUGCAUUCACGUCUGUCUCUCUGACCAGUUUUUUAGGAGUUUACUUAUUUUCUAAAUGUCUCAAAGACAUUUAUAUUGUCUUUAUUGGGAUAUUUUCUUACAUUGGAGGAAUGGUCAUGGCUGCCUUUGCCAAAACUACCCUGCUCAUGUUUUUAGUAAGAGUGCCAUCUUUGCUCUGCUUUAUGCCUAUUCCUGUUCUCCGAUCCAUGCUGUCAAAAGUGGUUCGCGCUGAUGAACAGGGUGCUGUGUUUGCUUGUAUUGCCUGUUUAGAAGUUGUGACCGGCACUAUUGCACUUUCAGUUUUUAACAUUCUCUAUGCAGCUACUGUUGCAUGGUUUUCAGGCUUUAGCUUCCUCUUAUCAGCAGGCCUUUGUCUAAUUCCACUGGCUGUCCUGUGCUGGCUUCUGUGCACAAGCUGGAAUGAGGAGGACUUGGCUUUGCUUGUACCCGAAGAAGUAUCCAGCAUAGAGAGCACUGAUAGUUGAAAAAGGAUCCACCUACUUUCUAGUCUGACAUGCAGUGGCAGAGACCAUUAUGCCAUACAGAGACCAUAGAGAUAACACAGCAGUUGCAGAUGCAAUCUCAAAGCGGCCCUGCAGCAAUAAGCACUAAAUUGGUAGCACUCUUUAUCCAGUCUCUUUAUAGCACUUGA